AUGGCAUCUCUACGUCUUUUGAAACGAGCGGCUGUCAUUCUACUGUUUGCUGCUGCAAAUCUUUUUGCUGCUUCGAAUGGGCAACUCACGUUUUCCAGCGGUUGGGGAAAGCGGUCUGUGCAUUGGAUCAAAUGCUUCCCGCGUGGUCGUUCAAACCUGGGCCGGUCACCAGUCCUCAACAUUUCGAGCCACGAUUUGAUGAUUGAUCAGAUCAACCACCCGAUCGACUACUUUGUCGAGGUCUUAAAUGGCCCUCUGGCACUCCUGAUGCAGCUUCAGGGGGUGGUAGCUAGCCAGGCGGGUACCUUACCCUCCCACCGGUCGGAUUUAGUCGCCUCUUACGACACCCAUCUCUUCCGACGUGGUAUUGGGGAAUGUAUUCUGCUCCGCCCCAAUACGGAGAUGUAG